CGUGCGUGCACAGCCAGAGGGGGAGUUCAGCUCAUUUCACCGUUCACCGACGCCGCGUGACGCUUAAACACGGACAACGCGCGCCGAACGCGAGGAAGCUCUCGCGCUCUCUCACGCGCAAAAUAACGAAUGCAUACUAAUGAAUUUGAAUUUACCGUGUCAGAGCGGACCUGAGCGUUUUAAUCGAUGUCGGAGUUUUAUCUCUGGAUAUAAGCCGAAUCAUCAUCAUCUGAAAGGAAAGACCUCAUCAAAGAGGCAAAUUAUGCCAGCAGUACCAGAGUCCCUCUCUCUGGUGACGUGCCAGCCUGUUGGUGAGACCCUCCGCUCCAGCGCCCACCCCUGUGCCCUCUCCCCUGGCAGGCCCAUGCUGGUGGACGCCCUGCUCAGGUCCACGCCCGCACCAUGAGCGCCAACGGCCCUGCUCCGCCUGCUGCGACUCCUGCCGCGCCCCCCGCAGCCUCCGUGCCUGUAUCCUCCGUGGUACCGGUCGGCUCGCUAGCCCAGAAGAAGCGGCAGCAGUAUGCCAAGAGCAAAAAACAGGGCAGUUCGGCCAACACGCGGCCGCAGAGAGCUCUCUUCUGCCUCAACCUCAACAACCCCAUCCGCCGGGCCUGUAUCAGCCUUGUGGAAUGGAAGCCAUUUGAUAUCUUUAUAUUGAUAGCGAUUUUCGCCAACUGCAUGGCCUUAGCUGUAUACAUCCCCUUUCCCGAGGAUGAUUCCAACUCAACCAACCACGACCUGGAAACAGUCGAAUAUGCCUUCCUUAUCAUUUUCACGAUCGAAACCUUCCUGAAGAUCAUAGCGUACGGCUUGGUGAUGCAUCAGAACGCAUAUGUCCGAAACGGAUGGAACAUGCUGGAUUUCGUCAUUGUCGUUAUAGGAUUGUUUAGUGUUGUCCUGGAAGUUUUGACCAAAGAUGGAGAGAAGGAAGCUGUCGGAGCCGAACUGCCCGUGCAUGGCCACGGAGGGAAACCAGGAGGUUUCGACGUCAAAGCCCUCAGAGCCUUUCGAGUGCUGCGACCGCUGCGUCUGGUCUCAGGAGUGCCCAGUUUACAGGUGGUGCUGAACUCCAUCAUUAAAGCCAUGGUACCUCUCCUCCACAUCGCCCUGCUGGUUCUGUUUGUCAUCAUCAUCUACGCCAUCAUCGGUUUGGAGCUUUUCAUUGGAAAAAUGCACGCAACCUGUUAUUUUCAAGGGACAGAGAUAAUAGCAGAGGACGAACCUGCACCGUGUGCCGUUAAUGGUCAUGGUCGUACAUGUCCUAUCAAUGGCACUGUGUGUAAGGAGGGCUGGCACGGCCCCAACGGAGGCAUCACAAACUUCGACAACUUCAUGUUUGCCAUGCUCACUGUGUUUCAGUGCAUUACCAUGGAGGGCUGGACGGAUGUACUCUACUGGAUGAAUGAUGCUAUGGGGUUGGAGCUGCCCUGGGUGUACUUUGUGAGCUUGGUCAUCUUCGGCUCUUUCUUCGUCUUGAACCUGGUUCUGGGUGUGUUGAGCGGAGAGUUCUCUAAAGAGCGAGAGAAGGCAAAAGCUCGUGGAGAUUUCCAGAAGCUACGGGAAAAACAACAGCUGGAGGAAGAUCUGAAAGGUUAUCUGGACUGGAUCACGCAGGCUGAAGACAUCGACCCUGAGAAUGAGGAGGAUGAUGAAGAAAGCAAACGCAACCGGGUUACAUUGGCCAGCCUCAUGGAGAAGAAGAAGAAAGGGUUUGGCUGGUUCAGCCAGUCCUCUGACACUCAUGCGAGUAUGCCGGCGAGUGAGACCGAAUCCAUGAAUACAGAGAAUGAGAAAGUAGAAGAUGAGAAAGCGACAUGUUGUGGCCCUACAUGUCAAAAAAUUUCAAAAUCAAAGUGCAGUCGGCGCUGGCGUCGCUGGAACCGGUUGUGUCGGAGGAACUGUCGUUUGGCUGUGAAAUCUGUGCCGUUCUAUUGGCUGGUGAUCAUCCUUGUGUUCCUCAACACUUUGACCAUCUCAUCAGAACAUUACAACCAGCCUAUGUGGCUCACACAAGUACAGGAUGUGGCCAAUAAAGUGCUGCUGGCCCUGUUCACAUGUGAGAUGUUGGUGAAGAUGUACAGUCUGGGCCUGCAGGCUUAUUUUGUGUCUCUCUUUAAUCGUUUUGACUGCUUUGUGGUGUGCGGAGGCAUCACAGAGACGAUCCUAGUGGAGCUUGAGAUCAUGUCACCUCUCGGCAUCUCAGUGUUUCGAUGUGUACGACUUCUCAGGAUCUUUAAAGUCACACGUCAUUGGGCAUCUCUCAGUAACUUGGUGGCAUCUCUGCUGAACUCCAUGAAGUCCAUCGCAUCUCUACUGCUGCUGCUCUUCCUCUUCAUCAUCAUCUUCAGCCUCCUCGGUAUGCAGGUGUUCGGCGGCAAGUUUAACUUCGACGAGACACAAACGAAGAGGAGCACCUUUGACAACUUCCCUCAGGCCUUGCUCACUGUGUUUCAGAUUCUGACCGGUGAAGACUGGAAUGCCGUCAUGUACGAUGGAAUUAUGGCAUACGGCGGCCCAUCAUCGUCAGGAAUGAUUGUGUGCAUCUACUUCAUCAUUCUCUUCAUCUGUGGAAACUACAUUCUUCUGAAUGUGUUCUUGGCUAUCGCUGUGGACAACCUUGCAGAUGCAGAGUCUCUGAACACAGACAAUGAUGAUAAGAAGAAAGGUGAUGAAAUUGAUGAAAUUGAAGAUGAUCCCAAGGUUGGAGAGGAGGAUGAGAAGGAGAAUGCAGAGGAGGAUGAAGAAGAGCCGGACGUUCCUGCGGGGCCCCGCCCACAGAUCUCAGAGCUCGUUAAGAAGGAGAAAAUCACUCCAAUCCCAGAGGGCAGCGCGUUCUUCAUCUUUAGCAACACAAACCCAAUUCGAGUAGCCUGCCACAAGCUGAUAAACCACCACAUCUUCACCAACCUCAUCCUCGUGUUCAUUAUGCUAAGCUCCGCCUCCUUGGCAGCUGAGGACCCAAUCAGAAACUUCUCUGCCCGUAAUAUUAUACUUGGUUACUUUGACUAUGCUUUCACGGCUAUCUUUACUGUAGAGAUCGUGUUAAAGGUCCUAGGCUAUGCAGAUUAUGUCUUCACUAGUAUGUUUACAUUUGAGAUCGUGUUGAAGAUGACCACAUAUGGCGCGUUUCUCCACAAGGGGGCGUUCUGCAGGAACUACUUUAAUCUUCUAGAUAUGCUGGUGGUUGGCGUGUCGCUGGUGUCCUUCGGAAUUCAAUCGUCAACCAUCUCAGUGGUGAAGAUUCUGAGGGUUCUGAGGGUGCUGCGUCCACUCAGGGCCAUAAACAGAGCUAAAGGACUGAAGCAUGUGGUCCAGUGUGUGUUUGUGGCCAUCAGGACUAUUGGAAACAUCAUGAUUGUCACCACACUGCUACAGUUUAUGUUCGCCUGCAUUGGUGUACAGCUCUUCAAGGGGAAGUUUUACCGUUGUAACGAUGAAGCCAAGUCCAGCCCUGAGGAGUGCAAGGGAACAUAUAUCAUGUAUAAGGAAGGAGACAUGAACCAGCCAAUCAUUCAGAAGCGUUACUGGCACAACAGCGAUUUCAACUUCGACAACGUGCUCAUGGCCAUGAUGGCUCUUUUCACAGUGUCCACAUUUGAAGGCUGGCCAUCGUUGUUAUACAAGGCCAUAGACUCCAACCGGGAGAACAUGGGUCCGAUCUACAACUACCGUGUGGAGAUUUCCAUCUUCUUCAUCAUCUACAUCAUCAUCAUCGCCUUCUUCAUGAUGAACAUCUUUGUGGGUUUCGUCAUCGUGACCUUUCAGGAACAGGGAGAGAAAGAGUACAAGAACUGUGAGCUGGACAAGAACCAGCGUCAGUGUGUGGAGUAUGCAUUAAAAGCGCGUCCUCUCCGGAGGUACAUCCCAAAGAACCCGUAUCAGUAUAAGUUCUGGUAUGUGGUGAACUCCACCGGCUUCGAGUACAUCAUGUUUGUCCUGAUCUUACUCAACACCAUCUGUCUUGCCGUGCAGCACUACGGUCAGUCUGAGCUUUUCAAUUAUGUUAUGGACAUCCUGAAUAUGGUCUUCACUGCCGUCUUCACUGUGGAGAUGGUACUCAAACUGAUCGCCUUCAAACCCCGGCAUUAUUUCACUGACGCAUGGAACACAUUUGACGCCUUAAUUGUUGUCGGUAGCGUCGUAGAUAUUGCGAUCACUGAAGUCAACCCCACAGAGGCACCUCAGGUGGAUGAGGCGGGGAACACAGAGGACAGUGCUCGCAUUUCCAUUACCUUCUUCCGUCUUUUCCGAGUGAUGCGAUUGGUCAAGCUGCUGAGCAGGGGGGAGGGCAUUCGAACCCUCCUCUGGACCUUCAUCAAGUCCUUCCAGGCCCUGCCAUAUGUCGCUUUGCUGAUAGCCAUGCUCUUCUUCAUCUACGCUGUCAUUGGCAUGCAGAUGUUUGGGAAAGUCGCCAUGGUGGACCACACACAAAUCAACAGGAACAAUAACUUUCAGACGUUCCCCCAGGCUGUGCUUCUGCUCUUCAGAUGUGCAACAGGUGAAGCCUGGCAGGAGAUCAUGUUGGCAUGUAUGCCAGGGAAGCUGUGUGAUCCGGAGUCAGACUAUAAUCCUGGAGAAGAGAUGACAUGCGGGAGCAGCUUUGCCAUCAUCUAUUUCAUCACCUUCUACAUGCUCUGCGCCUUCCUGAUUAUUAACCUGUUUGUGGCUGUCAUCAUGGACAACUUUGACUAUCUCACCCGUGAUUGGUCGAUUCUGGGACCACACCAUCUUGAUGAAUUUAAGAGGAUCUGGUCAGAGUAUGAUCCAGAGGCCAAAGGCAGAAUAAAGCAUCUCGAUGUAGUGACGUUGUUACGGCGUAUUCAGCCUCCUCUUGGUUUUGGGAAACUCUGUCCUCAUAGAGUCGCUUGCAAGAGGCUGGUGGCUAUGAACAUGCCUCUGAACAGUGAUGGCACUGUCAUGUUUAACGCUACACUUUUUGCUCUUGUGAGAACUGCACUGAAGAUCAAAACGGAAGGUAACCUAGAGCAGGCGAAUGAAGAGCUGCGAGCCGUGAUUAAGAAGAUCUGGAAGAGAACAAGCAUGAAACUUCUGGAUCAAGUGGUGCCCCCUGCUGGUGAUGAUGAGGUAACGGUGGGGAAGUUCUAUGCCACUUUCCUGAUACAGGACUACUUUAGGAAAUUCAAGAAACGCAAAGAGGAAGGCCUGGUUGGCGUUCACCCAGCACAGAACAACACGGCCGUCGCCCUGCAGGCUGGCCUCCGUACGCUGCAUGACAUUGGGCCAGAAAUACGCCGUGCGAUAUCAUGUGACCUGCAAGAUGAUGAGCUAGUAGACUUUUUGCCAGAGGAGGACGAAGAAAUUUAUAGGCGAAACGGAGGACUCUUUGGCAACCACAUUAACCACAUAAACGGAGACACCCGGAGGAGCUCUGGCCACCAGACGAAUGCCACACAGCGCCCCCUGCAGGUGCAGCCACCCCCACAUUACGCCCACAUGGAACAACCUGUGGGGCGCCUGGGCCGCGCCAAUGCAAUGGCGCAGCAAAACCAUCAUCGCCACCACCACCACCAUCAUCACCAUCAUCAUCACAACUCCUACAAUAAGUCGCCCAAGUCUACCAACAUCAAUCUAAACAAUGCCAACAUGUCCAGUUUACCUAACGGAGGACACAAUCGGUACUACGAGCAUAUGCCCGCUAACGGCUACCCGGGAUCGUAUUAUGGAGAAUAUGAGAAGCCCAGGACCCCACACGGGCAAAGAAGGCGCUACUAUGAGACGUACAUUAGGUCGCAGGGCAGCGACAGAAGACGACCCACUAUACGCCGCGAAGAGGAGUAUGAAGAAGAUCGUUACUCUGGAGAGUACUACAGCGGAGAGGAGUUUUACGAAGAUGACAGCAUGCUGUCGGGUGAUAGGUACCCCAACAGUGACCAGGAGUACGAGACGCCGCGGGGUUACCACCAUCCUGACGGUUACUAUGAUGAUGACGAGCAGCCCCUUUAUCACGAUCCACGUAGAUCACCAAAGAGAAGACUGCUUCCUCCAACACCGCAAGGUAAUCGGAGACCAUCAUUCAAUUUUGAGUGUCUGCGCAGACAGGGCAGUCAAGACGAUCUUCCUCACCAGCGAACUGCUCUUCCAUUACAUCUCAUGCAACAUCAGGUGAUGGCGGUAGCGGGUCUAGACUCUAGCAGGGCUCACAGGCUUUCACCUACUCGAUCUACCAGAUCGUGGGCGUCACCUCCUCCCACUCCUGCAAGUAAAGACAGAACGCCGUACUACACUCCGCUGAUCCGCGUGGACCGUCCGCUGAGGGACAGCGCUAGCAGCAGUCACUCAUCCAUCAGGAAGAGCUCAUGGUAUACAGAUGAUCCUGAGUACCAGCAGAGGAACUACUCACCCGUUCAUCUGCAGGUCCCACCGGAGUAUCGAAACCAGUACCACCAGAAGAGAGGUAGCGCUACCAGCCUGGUAGAGGCGGUCUUGAUAUCAGAAGGACUGGGUCGAUACGCCAAGGAUCCAAAGUUCGUGGCUGCCACGAAGCACGAGAUCGCGGAUGCGUGCGAGAUGACCAUUGACGAAAUGGAGAGCGCCGCCAGCCAUCUUCUGAACGGCGGCAUUACGCCGGUGGUCAACGGCGUCAACGUGUUCCCCAUACUGGGCCACAGAGACUACGAGCUGCAAGAUGUCUCGGCUAGCUACAGCGACGAGGAACCAGACCCCGAACCCAGACCGCCAUACGAGGAGGACCUGGCAGAUGAAAUGAUAUGCAUUACCACUUUAUAGCACCUGGUAAGCAGCUGCUGCUUGUUCCUCAGAAACUGAUCAGCGAAACAAAAAAAUAUAAACUACACUAUAUUUAUUGGCUUACUACCUAAAGAAGUGCCUUUACAGCAGAGCAGAAAGGCACCACAAGAACGGACGCAUUGGUGCAGCUCGCUCGCUUCCUGUUCACGCAGGAACUUGGCAGUCACGGCGCCGGGGAGGAGCUAAGAAGGACCGCCCGAAACUUUAAUUGGCUGCUCGUACCGUCACUGCAGGAAAUGGACCAAUGAGCAGCGAGGCGAGGUACGCAGGGGCAGGCUGUUUCCAAGGUGAUGACAAUCAGAAAGAAUAUGUCAUUACCUCAGUCACUUUAUUAAGGGUUUUGCAUAUCAAGCACGUUGCAAGCUCAAUGCAAGCAAGUAUGGCAUAUCCCUCCACAAAGGCUUUAGUUUCGACUCGUCCCGUAUGGUUAAUUUAGUAACGGUUAAGGCAUAUUUUAGAGAACAAACGCUAAUUCUACAACACCGGUUUACAAUAAGGAUAUCAUGCAGGUUUGUGGAUUUCAAGAGGAUUUCAGCAUUUGUGUUGAAUGCACUAGCAGACAGGUUAUUUUUUUAAUUUAGGAUAGCCUGUUUGAUAUUUCAUAAUAUGCUGUAAAUGACUUGUAAUAUAUAAAGCAAAAGAAAAACUUUGUAAAGAGACAUUAUAUAUUUUGUAAUUAUGUACUGUACAAAAAAGCAGCAAUAUUAAUCCUAAUUGAUGUUAUUGCAUUACAAAAAAGACUAAAUUUGGUGUUAUUUUAAUAGGUACUGUACUUUAUUAAAUUCUUUGCCUUUAUUCUUUGCUCAUAUGCAUUCAUACUUGUUUGUGAAAAGUAUAGAACAAAAAAGCCAAUUUUAUAUGAGGUUAUGUCUGUGACACACCCGCACAAGAUAUGCAAGUCGUUUUCUCAGUGUCCGUUUCAUAAGCAUAACCGACAUAGUGUUUCCUUCAAAUCUACGGCAUGCAGUAUGGGUCACGAACGUUGACCUCCUUUAUGGGGAAUUUAGUAGGGCUUACAGAAUCGUGUGUCUCGUUUGUGUAUAUUGAAAGUCUGUCGAAUAGGACUUCCCAUUUUAAGGGUUCGUGUGCGUGUUUCGUUGCAUAUUUUGUGCAGGGGAGGUGCACAGGAAGGUGCAAUGGUAAAUGCUUUGUGCAUUAACAAUGCUGCUUAAUUAGUCUGCAAUUAAACUGUACGACCCUCACCAGGAACAUGCUGCCACUUGGAAAAGCCUGCUGCCACUGGCUGAUCUAUAGCUGAUCUAGAAACUGCGCAAGGGUUUCGGAUCAGGCAAUCAUUUCCACCAAUGUAUUUAGGUGUUUUGAAUACUGAAAUCUUCCUUUAGUUUUAUAAUAAUGAUGAUAAUGAAGAUGAUUAUGAUGACAUAAUUUGAUUAUGGGGGAGUUUGGGUUGUUUGAAGUGUAUGUUCGCAUCAUGCAUCCUUAAAGGAACGGUUCAGGCAAAAAUGAAAAUCCUGUCUUUAUUCACUCACAGUCACCGCUAUGUCAUCCAAACUGCUGGAACACAAGGAUAAAAUUUAAUGCUCAAAAGUUAUUAUAUAUAGCAUUUCUCUAGCUUAAACAGUAGAAUAUAGCACUAGCAGCACCAAGGACAUGGGUUUGAUUCAGAGGGAAUAAAAAGAGGGCGUUUUCACACCUGCUUUGUUUGGAGCAUUUGUUUCAGAACCUGGCGCAUAUUCUCCCUUAGUUCAGUUGGUUUAGGCUUAUAUGAACACGGCAAUCUCGCUCUGAUCCGCACCUAAAAAAGGUCUGAGAUCGUCUGAAUGAGGUGGCAUCACAAAUGUACAUUUUUUACGUACGUUGGGUGAAAAGCAGUGAAUCGUGGGUUAACUUGGGGAAAAACAAAGUGAAAUGUCUAAUUGAAAUCGCAUGAAAAUGCAGAUGAAAUGCUUGAUUCAUGCUCUAAAUGCAGAGUAAUAUCACAAAGGGUGCACUCAUAUUGAAUGGGAGAAAGUGCAACAUUUAAUAGGGCAGAAUAAGUCCCGCCUUCUAAAUAAAAGAGCCAAUCACCGAUUGGUAAAGUUAUCGCGUCACUGCAGCUGCCUGCUGGCUGUCAAUCAUGACAUCAUAUUCCUGUUUUUAUAGCGUCAAAUUACUAACUAAAUCCAAAUUUAUUUAAAAAACGAACACUUGAACUUACAUCAGCGUGAUUAAAAACUACCUAAAAUGAAAUCAUAUUUGGAAAAAAAAUUUAUUUGAAGUGUAAUUUAAUUGUUUAGUUUGUCUCACCUCCCAUUAGAUUACAUGGAGAGGGCGGGGUUUAUGACCUAUAUUGGGACAAACCACCUGGGGGCGAUCAAAACUUUUUGUCUUCACUUUUCAGGACUUGAAAGGACUUUAGUCAUGAUUUGAGCAUUUACAAGCAAAAUUUAAGAGAUGGUUGUUGUCAAAUUUCAUUGGUGAUUUCAAAUAUGAAAUUUAAUCGUAAGCUUGGUGAACAGCUUUGGAGAAUUUGAUGUUUCCCCAUUUAGAGAGAUUGGAGCUGUACUUGCAUGACUAAAAUAGCUGCCCGAGAGGUGUUUCAAAGAUGGUCGCCGAGUGAAAUGACUUGCCUCAAAGGGACUAUAAGCCAGUGGAGCUGUUGUUUAUGCUAUCCUGAGGGAUAACCGCAUUGAGCAUAAUCCCGGAGCAUGAACAAUGAGAGGACGGGUUACUCGCACGUGACUUGUGUUAACAAAUUUUGGUCUGUUUAGAAAUGUAGAAACCAAACCCAGAAGAAAUUGCAACAGUAGUAUUUUAAUCUCUGUUUCGGAACAAAGCAAACAAUCUACAGGUCUGAAAGCGCCCAUAAAAGUGUCUGCCAAAUGCAUUAAAGUAAAUGUAAUCAUAGUGACCAUGUCUGCCAAGCUGGAAAAAUUUAUUUGCGUAGAAAAAAGCAUGACUCCAGAGUGAGUAUCUAAUGACAGAAUUUUCAUUUUUGGGUGCACUAUCCCUUUAAGCAGGGCAAGAAACUGGUUAAGCAAUACUGACCCCCUUUCCCCCACUUUUGUUUUUAUUUUGCUUUUAUUUUAACUUCAGCUCUGGCUUCUGGAAAUACCUCUUUUAGAGCAGGGGAAACAUAUCAGCAUUUAAAGCGUCCUUUUUGUGAGCGUUUUUGCCUUUAAAGUGUUGUAAAUCUCUGUCCUUAGGCCUCAACAUGGGAUUACAUCAAUUCAAUUGACCUUUUGUCACUUCCAACAGGCAAAUUAAUGCUGAGCACUAUGGGCAAAAAAAAAAAAAGUUUGACUGCAAAGGCCACUGCCUUGAAGUGUAAAGCUUCACUACAGCUUAAAUAAAGGGAAACGUGGGGUUUGUCGGAUGUUCUUGUUCUUGAGUGUUAUUGAUCUCUUGUGUUUUGGAAGAGUACUGUGCUUUUCAGUCAACCGAAUACUGUCAUUGAAACACUGCGUGUGCACAUCUGAAAGGGCUGAAAUGAUCCGUGUGGAAAAAAAAAAUAAAUGAAACGUUGUGUUCUGGUCUUCAUGUCAAUUAUACUGUAUCUUGUAAACGGACCAAUGCACAUUCUUGGCACAUUGUACUAUUCGUAGCAAUUACUGGUAAGGACAAUAAAAUAUGCAUUAUUUUUAAUAAACAAAGAAAAAACUUUUCAAAAAAACUUAUUAAACUAAAGAUUUAACUUUUACCUCGUGUCAGGGACUCCUGAAUAGAAAGAAAAAAUUUGGUUUCUUAAUAUACCAAUGGGAUUUUACUAUUAGCACAUUGCUGUUCGUCUUUGCAAAAAUUACUGUAACGUGCAAUUUGUUUUCCCUGUUUUCUAUUCAUAUUUUGUGUAUCAAGGUGGGCGAAUUUUGUACUUUUUUCUGUGACUGUGCGUACGGUUUAGUGAAAUCUAUAUGUCAUUUACAUUUCACCUUUCAAUGCUGGGACAAACAGAAGAGAGGGGGGGGGGAAAGUGCACUCCUCUGUAUUGUUAACGCUGAUAUGUUAACAAAAAAAUGGAAAAAAGUAUUACACAAGUUUUCAGAGCCACAUCUGUUGAUUAUCACAUUUUCAUCUAGAGUUGUUGCUAUACUAUUAUAUUCUUUUUCUUAAUAAUGCUGUAAGGAAACUUAAGAUUAUAGUGUAACAUAUGUACAUAUGUAACGGAAAGAUGCGUGGUGAUGUUCUCCAUUUGAAAGUCUUUAUCUUUGCUCUGUUAUGGUUUUUAUUCCAUGAAGAAAAAGAAAAAAGGGUUUCUCUUCGUAGCAGAUGACUUAUAAUAUCCCUCUAGGUUUUGUAUUGAUGCAUUUUUUGUAAUUUUCCUAUUUAUUUUGGCCUGGACUUGACUUUAAUCAAUAUUGAAAUUUUAUUUUCUAAUGAUUAAUACAGAAUAAACUUAAUGAACAAA